AUGCGCACCGUAGGAGUCAACCUCCUCCUCCCCUCUAAAGUCUCGCGUACGAGUACGUAUACUACCGCGAGACGAAGAAAGAGUCCACAUCCGAAAAGAGCGGUGAACGCGAGGAGGACGGUUUUGAAGGUUUCGAGAGAAGAAGAAGAACCAAAUUUGGUGUUGUGUUUGAGGAUUCCUGAUGAUGAGGAGGAUGGUCUCGAGGCGAAUCAAAAUCAGAUACAAAAAGAAGACGAAGAAGAGGGAGUAGAAGAAGGAGAAGAAGAGAUAACUGUUAGGGAAGGAGCGAAGAGAAAGAUAGGGCACGAGUGCGAUGUGUGCGAGAAGGUGUUUCGAUAUCCAUCACAGUUGACCAGACACAUGCGUACUCACACGAACGAGAAACCGUACAAAUGCGAUGUUUGCUGGAAGUGUUUUCGUCAAUCUGGUCAUUUGCAAACCCACAUGCGCAUUCACACGAACGAGAAACCGUACGAAUGUGAUUUUUGCGAUAAAGCUUUUCGUGAUUCUGGUAAUUUGAAAAGGCACAUGCGUAUUCACACGAACGAGAGACCGUAUGAGUGUGACGUGUGCGAGUGGCGUUUUCGUCAUUCUGGUCAUUUGCGAAGCCACAAGCUUAUUCACACGGGCGAGAAACCGUACGAAUGCGAUUUGUGCGAGAAGCGUUUUCGUCGAUCUAAUACUUUGAAAAGGCACAAGCGUCUCUGUCAUUAG